AAACCAUACAAAUGCCUCAGCCUAUUGCCUUGGUUACCGGGGCUUCUUCCGGAAUUGGAUAUGCUAUUAGUAUUGAACUUGCUAAGCGUGGCUUCAAAGUUUACGCAGGUGCUCGUCGUAUGGCGCAGUUGCAAAAACUCAAGGACUACAAAAUUAUUCCAAUUGAGCUUGAUAUCACUUCUUUAGAGAGUGUACAAGGUGCUAGAGAUAUAAUUGCACUGGAUAAUGACCAUUUAGAUGUUCUUUUCAACAAUGCAGGAGUCAUUGGAGAUGGCCCCGCUAUGGAGGUAUCCGAUAAAGACGUACAAUACUGUAUGGAAGUGAAUUUCAAUUCACAAGUUAGGGUUACUCGGGAGUUUUCUCCUUUGGUAAUGAAGUCAAAGGGUGUAAUAGCUUUUACAGGUAGUACUGCUGGACGCGUUAUUCUCCCAUUUGGCUCUGUAUAUUCUGCGUCAAAAGCCGCCCUUUGUGCUUAUGCCAACACUUUGGCCUUUGAGGUAGAGCCAUUCGGUGUCAAGGUUGUUAACUUUAUAACUGGAGGGGUGAAGACGAGCAUGACUGUCGAAAGCUCGAAGCCUUCACUUCCAAGUGGCUCGGCAUAUAUUGUUAAUGGGGUGGAUCUUCUUCGUCUGAGUAGAGAUAACCUCGACCCUUCGUCACUUAUGGAAGCAGAAACAUACGCUACAAAGGUUGUCGAUGAUAUUGAAUAUGCAUUAAAAGGCAAGAGUUUUCUUCCUGGUAAUUACUUCGUCUCUUUCAGAGGUGGAGCGUCUACAACGGUGAAAAUCCUCACGGAUUAUUUCCCAAGAGCCUUGUGUGCUUUUCUUUUCCUUAACUUAUUCAAGUUGAAGGAACCGUUUAAAGAAAUCCAAAGGAAAGCAAAUUAGCUUAUACUAACUCAGUUGAUUUAUAUAAUGUGUUGUAUUUUUAACUUUAUCUAUAAACUUUUUGUUCUUUUUCAUGUAAAUCUU